CAUACCGUUGGAACAAAUGUUUUCAGGUUACGUUUCGUAACACAAGCGUACGUCAGUUUGCGACAAGAAUUUGCAGUUUUUGAUUCAACAGACCAAAAUGCCGAGCUAUAAACUGACGUACUUCAAGCAUUGGGGUCGUGCGGGGGUUCUCAGGCUACUGUUCGCUGCUGGGGGAAUAGAGUUUGAAGACGUCCGGAUAGACCGUGAGACCCAGUGGCCGGACUUUAAACCAACGACGCCAAUGGGACAGCUCCCAAUUCUCGAGGUGGACGGAACCAUUAUUUGUCAGAAGAGGGCGAUUGGAAGGAUGAUAGCAAAGAAGGCAGGAUUGGCCGGGAAGACGCCCCUGGAAGAGGCACGGAUCGACAUGAUUGUGGAUGGAUUAGCGGACAUGGAGACCAUAUUUGCCGGCUUGUACAGGGAAAAGGACGAAAAGACCAAACUUGAAAAUAUGAAGAAAUUCGCAGGAGAAACCCUGCCGAUGUUUCUGAAUAACUUCGAGAAACUGGCGAGCUCAAGCGGGCACUUCGUCGGGGAUGUGUUGACUUGGGCAGAUGUGGACUUCUUUGCCAUGGUGUUCUUUGCGAAAGAUCACCUCCCGUACGACCCCCUGACGGGAUACGCGAACUUGACCAAGGUCAUUGACAACGUCACGUCCAACCCGCGCAUCGCGGAAUGGAUGAAGAAGGAGGCAGCGCAAUGAAUCCUGGGAUACCAUAAGAUGUGGAGUUCAUGUAGUAGUCUCUCAUUUGCAAUGGUUGCUCGUAGUGUCAUGCAGUCAAUAAAGAAAUAAAGAAUAAAUGGACGAAA